AUGAACCCUGGGGCUCCUUCCUUGCACAUACCUCUCCACUUUCCUCAACAACGCAAGGAUGGCAGCCCAACUUCUCUCGACAACAGUUGCUCGAACUCGGUCACCUCAAACUUCGUAGUUCUUUCGGAGGAAACAAUCACACACCCGGUGCGGGCUGUAAUUGGCUGCGAGGAUGGGUCGAUAUAUGCAUUUCGGCGAAGUAGCCGCGGCGCAAAGAUACAACAGCCAGGACCAGAACCCACGACUCUUUCCAUACCGUCUCCAAUAACCACCUCCAAGCAUCCUUCACGCUCCGGCUCUCCCCUCCCCUCACCAAAGCCCCCUUUCAAUGUAGCAUCUCGGUCCAGAAUCGUUUCUGGAGUUACCACUACACAAGUGGAAGCCCCAAAGAAUUAUGUCGACUUCGAUGAUGAACCGGACAAGCUGAAGGAUAUGCUUCAGGGGAAGAGCAACCACAAAAAUACGCGAUCUCCUCCACCUUCCACUGAAAACUCCCCACCACCCUCUGUCUUCCAAGCGAAGCGGUUGGACCCGCCGCGUUCACUGCUCUCCGCCACGAACUCUCCAUCACAAACACCAAAAAGCGUGUCCAACCCUCCAUCACCACCGUCUCAAUCUGCCUUCGGGGCAGAUACGGACACUCAGAACCUCGCCCUCUAUUACCAUAUAAUUCCAUCAGACUCAAGCCCCGUUUCUGAUCUGCUGUUGCUGCAGAGCAACUCGCUUAUUACUGUCCUACAACAAUCCGGACAUCUUUCUGUUUAUUCUAUGGAGGACGGAAUGUGCCUGAACUCUAUCAAUGUCGAAGUCAACCCGCCACAGCCUCCGCAGGGCUUCCAGGACCAAGAGGCGUCCCAUGACGUGUGGAUCUGGUCCCAUAUUCAACACUUUUUCAUUGGAGAGAUGCCUAUGCUCUUGGCGACUGCGAAAAUCAAUCCCAACUCCGCUUCGUAUGGGCCGGUCGAUCCAUCCGACAACGGCGUUCUAGAGAAAUCACGACUAGCAUUGUUCCGUUUUCGCGCGGAUAAUGACCGGGGGCCUUAUGACGUUGAGCUUGAGCCGCUGAGCCAAUGGCAGCUAGACGGUCCUGCUGCCGGUAUAGGUGUCCACCCUGAUGCAGACGGCGAGGUGUUCUUCUACCUUCGUCCUGACGGCACAUUUUGUGUUCGAUCCAUUCAAUGUCUUCCUCGCCUGCCCACAACGCAGAGGGUGGAAUCGCCCCCUCUAGAGGAAAGCAUUUCCACGAAUUUGGCGGCUCUUCCCUUAUUCAAAGCUAUCAAGUCCAAAUCUGCAGAGGAUUUAGCUUCAGAGCCAAUUCCGGAUGCCAGCCGAAUCGUGCUGGGUGAAGAAUUCAUCACUGGCCAACUUUUUGGUGAAGGUCCGUUGCUGGGGCUUCGCUCCCAUCUGAUGAAUGGUCGACUGCGUGGGUUAGCUUGGACAGAACAAGCCUUCAUGAUCUUCGAAUAUGCCAAUCACGAGUUUUCCAUUCUUCAUAGUGGGGAACUAGGAGGCGUCGUACGAGCUCAAUGGCUCGAUGAGAAUAUCUAUGCAAUCACUUUCGUGGAACAAAUUCAGUUUUGCAAGAUUGACUUCAUAGAAUCGAACAACAUUACAACACCUGUGGGUCAUCCUGUCGAUGAUGUGCUACGUGCCCAGCUAACUUUACUGCGCACAGUUUCGACGGACAUAAAUGAAGCCGUGACUGUUGUUAACUUCCAAGAGGUUUUCGCUACAAGGGCAACGAACGAAGGACGAAUUGUUGAAUCGCAUGUGUUGCAUGAUGCGAGUUGGAUCCGACAACUCAUUUACAAAGGAGGUCGCGAUAUUUCACAACCAACUUCGAUCCUCGCUCCCCAUGCCAAUUCCGUCCUGUUAGGUCGUGCGGAUGGGACACUACAGGAAACCUCGUUGGCUGAUAUCUGUUCAUCGACGCCAAAAGUAUCUGCGAAAACUUCUAAUGUUCCUAUUGACGGAACUGUGGGGGCUCUCCAUAUCGUGCAAAAUAGUCGAACGCGCGAAAAGCUAGUCGUUGGUGGUGGAGAUGAUGGGUCAGUUGCGUUUUGGGCGGCGGAAUCCUUGGCUCUGAAGGCUCGUUGGACGAUAUUCACAACACCACUCUCCAGGGUGAUUCAGUUUCCGGACAACAAGCUCAGUCCGCUGCGGGGUUGUGUUUUGUGCUUAUCACAGGACGGUACCAUCGCUGUCAUCGUGGUAGAUGGGUUUCAUUUUCUCUACAUCAUUCCAGGUUCUGCUUUCUCUCUUCUGCGGAUAAGUUUGAAGGAAGACAGUCUUCUUUUGAUUUAUUCCGACCGUCGUGCUCGGUUAUGGGACGUCAAAACCAAGGAAUUCCGGAGAUCUAUGGCGCUGGAGAAGGCGCAAGAGUUGAUUGCCCAAGGAGGAUGGGUGGACAUGACUACAAAUUCCGGUUCCUGUACUCCGGACAUUUAUCUCAAGGGUCUGUCGAGUACCACACUCGCGUCUGCCUCGACCGUAACACUUGACCUCGAAAGAUUUAUCAGCGAGACUACAACUACCGCAAGAUUGAUAAGCACAAACAGGGAUCAAACGAAAGCGAUCUAUUCUGCUUUGGAUCAAAUCAGGCUUAUUCUCUCAACCUUGCUCACUCCUGGUCUCAACCGCGAUACCGAUAUCCUCUGUGAACAGAGACUCGGAAUUCCGCUAUCGAGAACCUGCGCAGGCUUAGCCAGCUGUUUGUACACUGGAAAUCGAUCUCGUGACCCAUGGUGCAUUUCGCAAGAUGCUUCAGCGGCACGGGCGUUGGCAAUCGUAGUGCUGCUCCGUGCCAUUAGUUUGUUUGCUGAACUCGCUGAACCCGCGGCAGCCGUUGUUGCACUAUAUGCGACGUCUCUAUCCGGAGUUGUUGGUCCGUUCUAUCGUCCUCCCAGUCUCACCUAUCUGGCUCGUCGGUGGUUUGACUCAUCCAAUGAAGUCCGUCAUGCUGCGCGUAUGUUAUUUGAUGCCACCAUAGCACGGUUAUCAGAUGAAGAGACCAUUGAAGUUGCAGAACACUGGCAACACCAUCUGCCAUGCUUACAAUCCACUGCCGAUCGAGAAUCGCUUCCUGCUGCCUUGUCGCUAUUCAUGUGUGGCCACAUUGCUGCCGAGAACUAUAGCCUGCUGUCGAGCAAUACGUUAACUGAUAUCGCUAAAUCCAUCGCACUUUAUCUACACGACGAACAGUCGCUCUAUCGUGUCCUCGCUGUCGACUUGUGUUCUCAAGGAUUCCACAUUUGGCAACACUACAUUGAUGCGAUGGACAUUCUCCGAGCACUGUUUACGCUUGCGACAAAUUCACGGAAAGAGAGUAUCUCUGCUCAGAAUGCGGGGCCGCAAGCAAGGCUAGCUGUGCUGCAAAUCGCUUCCAACAACACAGCGUUGUUUAUGACGACUCUUGCACUGGAUAUAUUGAACCCUUCGGGAUUGGAACACCGGAAAUCUGUGUUGCAGAUUGUCGCAUUUCUCAUCCGGAAGCGGCCAUUAGUAUUGCAGCCCAACCUACCUCGACUUAUGGAAGCUGUCGUCAAAUCGCUUGACCCAAACUCAACUUCCCAGAGAGAUGCAGUCCUCGACACUGCAACAGAAAUUUUAGGACAUGUCGUGAAGACAUUCCCCAGCAUCGAUUUCCAUAUGGCUAGCCAACGACUUGCUGUGGGAACGAACGAAGGGGCCAUUGUGAUAUACGACCUCAAGACCGCGAUCCGACUAUACGUGCUUGAAGGGCACAAGAAGAAGAUCACGGCAUGCAGCUUUUCGCCGGAUGGGAGGAGACUCGUCACCCUUUCUCUUGAAGAGAGCGUGGUGUUGGUGUGGAAAGUUGGGUCGAGCUUCUCGAGUUUUUUUAAUCCUGGAGCACCACCACGACAAGGUCAUGGCGGAUCGGACCCGUUCAAGACGUUGUCAUUCAAUGUGGGAGACGAAGCGAACAUGUCCAAUACGGAAGCCCUUACGCUUGUACGGUUUGAGUGGGCGGCUGAUCGAAGUGUUCGGUUAAAGAUUAGAGACAGUAUCUUGACCUUUAGCACGUAG